UGGGUUUUCCCAGAUGUUAACAGCAGCUGGCUCUGUUUGUGACUAGUGAACAUGAUCCCACAGAUCGUCUCUAUACUUCCGCCUUUUGACUUGAUUUACAGAAGCGCCUCUAAGAAAUGUUUGAUAAAGAUGUCUCUAUUUCCCCUGAUGAACAUGUACAUGACUGGUUCCAUUAUUAUGUUGGCACGAUAUUACACGAUAUUAACCCUAACCCUUAUAAGACCGGCUCCUGAAUUUGAUUAGUCUAUAAGUAGGCGGGGUUUUACCCAAGUGAUGGUGAUACUUCUGAUUAUUCUGGUGAGCUUUAAGUUUCCCUGUGUUUCACACCUCGACUCAGUUGGUCUCAUACGCUCUGUCGUCCUGUUGCUGUUGCAUUUCUUCUCCUGGACGCCUGUUGAAGGAAGAAGAUGAUCUUGAUGGUUCUGCUCGUGGUUCUGUCCUCCUCUGUCUGUGUGAUGUCUGCUGUGGCAAUGACAGCGACCUUCUAUCAGGCAGAGGAGGACGAUGACAUCACCAUCAGCUGGAACAGUCCCAUCAGAACCAACAUGUCUCUCACCAACAUGGCUUGUUUUCUCCAGUCAAACCCUUCAAAGCUUUUGUAUCAAAUGUUUAACAGCAUCGACGUCCCAGAGUCUCAACAGGAUCAACAGUUUGCAGGACGAGUCCAGUGUGACAAAGACGCCCUCAGAGACGGACGGAUCAGACUUCAUGUGUCCAGACUCAAGACUGAGGACUCUGGAAGCUACUGGUGUGACCUGAAUACUAAUUAUGACAAGAAGACGAGGAGAUGGCUGCUGGUGACCACAGAACACUUUGUCUUGAAUGUGACCUCUCGAGGAGAAAACAGAGGACACGAGGAACACAACAUCACCACACCAGCUUCAACUGAAGGUGAUGAUCUCUCCAUGAGAGACAGGCUGAUCACACGUGUGUUUGUCGGCGUCUUUUUAACGAUCCUGCUGGUUGUUGGAGCCAUAUAUGUAUACUGGAGACACAAGCAUCAAAAACAAGAACUGUCCUUCCAGAUCAUAACGGAAACCAUUUAAAGUGAAACUCUGCCAAAAAGCAACCAAGGCUUUAUUUGGGAUUGACUAUGAGUCAAACCUUCGUGUAAAAGCAUAAUCACGAUGAAAGAGGCACUUUUAAGAUUGACUGUAUUUGCUUUUUGGGCACGUUAAUUUUGAAUGGGAGUGCUGGGGGCAGAGAUGCGAUGGCAUCAAAAUCACUAAUCAACACUAAGAAGGCUCGACACAACAUGAAACUUUGCUCGUAGUGUCACCAGAGUCUCUACUCUGGAACACGAGCAUUGAGAACAUUGUUUAUGUACACAGAGUUUAUGAAAAAGAAGGUUUUUUAACUACUUGCGUUUGCUGUUGCAUCUCCUCAUAUUCAAUCUCAAAUAAAGCCUUGGUUGCUUUUUGCUGAGAGUUUCACUUUAAGCUGCCUUGCUCGAAGGGCAUUUUGAGAGAUGUUAGCAGAGAAAGCACUGCAAGCUUGGAUCUCACCAGUUAGCGCAAGGAUUUAAACCAGCAACCCGCUCCAGUCAUAGAUGUUCACACUGGAGAGAGGACGGAGGGAAAUCCUGUUGGUUCGAGCAGAAGAUGAAUUUUGAUCCUGUGGCUCUAAAAUCUUUUGGCCAUGUGACGUCUGGAGACCUUUAGCAGUGGAUUUUUCUUCACUAAAACUUCGACCUAGUUGGAUUUCCAUCUGCCUUGCAUGUGAACUCUGGUCAGAUGUGGACUCAAAGAAGCAACUCAACUCUGUUUUCAUUUUCACUUGGCAUCAGAGAUGAAGUCUGAUGAAUAUCUUGGUUCCCUCAUCUGCUGCAGACAGGGACGAAUUUGCAGCCUGGAUGAAUUUAAACUUCCUCUCUUGUUUUUGCGCCAGAAUCUAGUCAGGCUUUAAACUGAGUGUCAGACGUUUUCUUUCUUCCUCAACAUGUUCAGUCAAGUUAUGAAAAAGGACAACGUGGUUGUAAUUAGGUAAGAAUGUGUCAUAGAAAGGGUUCCAGGACGAUUAUGAAGUGUAAAAUUUGGUGUUUUUUAAAGGGAGUCUGGUGGUUUGAAACUGGAGCUUCUACGAUGUGUCGAGACUGAUCCUCUGGAGCAGCAGCUUUGUCUUCUGUGACAGUGGGCUCUGUCACGGAACAUGGCAGCCUUCCCUCAUAAUUCUCUCGCUUUGGUGGUCUGAGCUUCAUUUUGUGGAUCACAUCCAUGUCAAACUGUUUUACUUUGUUAAUAUGUGGUGGACCCUGCCACCAUUCCAUCUUCAGUGCUCUGGGGCCUUAUUUUCCUCUGAGAACAGCUUGUUUAUUCAUUUAUGGAUAAUAUAUAUUGAUAUUUCUGAGUUUAUGGCCAGUUCAGCUGAUCCAACUUUACUUUCACUCCAACAUGUCUGCUGAUCCCCCUUCAGGAUUAAGAGUUCAGAGAGUUGAUGACUAACGUUGCCAGUCUCCUUGCAGUUUUAAGGGGGUGUUUUGGUGCUGGUAUGCUGGUAAUGGGAUCACCUUCAGUGCUGAGAAACAUGUCGACCUUGUACACCAGGUGUAACGACACUUUGCACUUUAUGUAGUUACCUUUUUCAUUUAUAGCUCUAUAUGAUGAAUUAGGCCUUAAUGAUCUUUAAGUUUUGAUUGUCUAUCCAUAUUCUAUAAACAGAUUUAACUUUCUCUGAUGGAUCUUUAACCUUUCCUGGUUGUGAUGUGCAGUUUAAAGUGAAAUGAAGUGCUGCUGUUUGGUUUUUAUUUGUUAUUUACUGUCUGUUACUGUGAAUGAAAGAAAAGCUGUCAUCUGUUGACGCUGGUGUUAAAGAUAAAGGUCAGCAGAGGGCGCUCUUCAUCUCAAAGACACUGUACUGAGUGCAGUUUGUUUCUGUCUCAGUCAGCUGUGUCUUCAUAUUUCUGUCUGGUUUAUUUUCUUAAUUACAAAGUGAUUGAUUUGUAUAAUACGUUUUUUUAUUGACUCUAAAUGCUGUAAAACACUUUUCAUAUCACGAUUGUAUUAAAGUAAUAAUAAAGGCCCACAAGGACAUCAUGCAGUAUUUCCACAAGAGAAUUUAAAGUGGGCUGUUCUGUUAUUGCACAUCCAUAGAAAUUGUUUAUUUCUUGUACAGUUGUACAGAUUUUUAUUGUUUAUAGUGUAGUUUGCACUGUGUAUACCUUGUAUAUAUCUUGUUUUCUAUUUAUGUUCUGUGCAGUGUGUUUUUCUUUUCUUUUUCUUUCUUUUGUUAUUGCGGACGUACUGCUGCUGUAACAAAAUAAUUUCCCAGUCUUGGAUCAAUAAAGUACUUCUAUUCUAUUCUAUUCUAUUCUAAUACAGCUGCUUUGACCUAUAAAAUGUUGGUGUUCAAGUAUGCUGUCUGCUGGAGUGCAAAGUGUUCUCAAAAUGCUGGAAAGGAUUGUUAAUAUCGGACAGAUACAUGAUAUCCUGGACAAUCAAAUCAAUACAAAAAACAUUGCACCAUUUAAUAUGAGGUCAUUACAUAGAUGAGGAAGAUUAUCCUGUGACUGAUUUUAAGCAAUCCUAGUGUAUAGUGCAUAGUGCAUAGUGUAUUUCAGGGGACAAAACAAAAAAUGAAAUGUUGGAGAGGUUCUCUUCCAGUCUGAGGCUUAAUGGGUUUCUCUAUGGUUUUGGUUUUUGAAUGUAAACAUUAUAUAUUAAACUACAGUAGCAGUCAUGUUAAGAGGAAAAGUUAGAUCCUUAAAAAAAAUUGUUAUUUCAUGUAUUGCUCAUCUCUGUGACUACUAUUGGCCCAUGAGGAACUGUCUCCUAAUAUUAGUGUGAAUCAUCAGCCAUAAAUACAUUUUAUGAAAAUAAUUCAGACAUGUGACUCACUGGGUCGAGGUCUGAAGUGAAGUGAAGUAGAGUCCUAAGUUAAAAAUUAAAGUCUUCAAGGCUGCAAAUGCAUGAAAUAAAGAAAACUUUCAGAUGAAUAAUCUUAGAAGUGGCCGGGUGGUUUUCUUCAGGGUCAUUGUAUUUGUUUGCCAGGCUGUCAGGAGGACGAAAUCAUGUGGAAAAAGGAAACACCCACCUGACACCUGUGGGAGUUGGAAGCAGUACUGUACUGUGAGGACACUCCCACACAGAGUUUAAAAGCCUGCGACUCCCCCACAGGUGAGAAGUGAAAACAUCUUCAAGAACCUGAAACCGGUACAGUUGCCUGCAAUACAGCGCCUCAGUAUGAAGAAAUUUAAAAAAACAAAUUCCCCAAAGUCUCCAAUUUCCUUUUAAAUGCUGUGAGCUCUCUCAGAGUGCUGAUGUUUCCUUUGUCUGCGUGAAAGCAGAUACAGCCUGAACAAUCCUGAUGGCUCAGCAUGCUGUCACAGGCUUUAUCAAACAGAACAUGUCAUAUAAAACCAAUAUCGAAAAGGGUAUUUCCACUGAAGGUGAAAACACAUCAGAUUCUGACCCAGGAGACGCUUCAAGGUGUAACCCUUUGCUUAUAGGCGAGAAAAUAUGGUAACUCGAGCAUCAAAGGAACAGUUCACCCAAAAAUGAAAAUUCACUCAAUACCUCUCAUGCUGAUGGAAAGUUAGGUGAAGUUUUGUAAGUCCACAAAACAUUUCUGGGACUUCACAGCAAAAAAACCCCAAAAAACUCAGAAACACCUGAAGUUGACAAGGACCUUUUUUGAAACUUUAAAUAACAACAACAACAAAAAAAUACUAGAGACUGUUUGUUUCUGUUUUAAAAAGAAGUCCCUGUUUACUUCUGUUGUUUGGGAGAAUGCUGUACCGCUGGUUUGUUGUGAAGGUCCAGAAAAAACUUUACUGGGAUUUCCAUCAGCGUGAGGGGGAAGGGGUUUCCUUUAAAGCGAAUUAUCUACAGUGCUGUCCAAACAAAACACUGUAUGAAUCUGUCGGCAAGAACUCAAAGCUGAUGAGUUUCGUGGAGCAAAAAGACCAAAACAAAAACGAGACCAAAGUUGAGAAACAUUUAAAAUGAAUCAGGGGAUUUUGACAGGGUGUUAAUACCAAUAUAACUUUUAAGCAGCUGUCAGCUGUUGGAAAACGUGAACUUUACCACAGAUACACAAGUCAUAGGGUCAUAAGUCACACAUGGUGAUGCAAACACAGUGUAAUCCUAAGAAACGGUUUCAUUUGGCAAUUUGUCUACAAAAAAAGGUUUGACCUUUCACCUUUCUGUCUAAAAGUCAGUCAAAAAAAGUGCAUUUUUGUUUUCAAAAGAGUUUAAAUCGCAGAUAGAUAAAUAAAUAAACAUGGAUGAUGUAAAUGUGUGAAACACACAAACCUGGUGAGGGCACAACAGGCAGGCAGCCUUUAACAUCUAGUGAUCAAGAACCACAACUAUACUGAUACACACACACACACACACACACACACACACACACACACACACACACACACACACACACCACAAAGAACA